UUCAAAAAAAAAAAAGACAUUUCCCCAAAGGGUGUUGCUCUUGUCCUUCUUUUCCUCUCUCUGGAAAGCUAUACAGACUUUUUUUUUGUGGCGUCCAAAGUAUUACACAUUAGAAAUUUGUUUUCCUGGAAAAAGUUGUACGAAACCAAAAAUCUCCGAUUAAAUAGAAUUAGAAGUUAAAAAACAAAAAAAAACAAUUUUGAAGAGGAAAAGAUUGUUUUUUUUUUUUUAUUAUUAUUGAAAGUGUUUUGAGUUUGUUUUUUAAGGUUCGGGGGGAUUUUGUUGUUUCUUUUUUUUUUCUUUUCUUCGCGUGUGUAUUUGAUGUGGCACAGGGAAAUAGUAUAACUUGAGGCGUAGGGAUAAUUUUUUGUGGAAAUUGAAGGAGUGUACUGUUUCUUUUUUUUUUUGUUUUUCCGACUUUUCUGUGGAGUUUUUCAAUGGUGUUUUGAGAAGGAUUAAAGACGGGGAACGGGGAGGAAAGAAGGAAAAAAAGGAACAUAGUGUAAAAUAGAAGGUGAUUGAUACGGUGUAACGGGGGGACCAUGUCUCUGCUAGAUAGUCUUCAUUUUGAUGGAGACAGCCCAAGUGAACUUUUGGGUGGUUUUGAUGGUCUCGUGAGUCUCCGUGGUCUCGAUGAUUUGGCCAUCAGUGAAAGUGAAGAUGCCAGGGAUGAUCUAUCCCAAUUGUAUCAAUCACCCCAUACCGACUACAUAAUAUCGGAUUAUAUGGAAAAAAUUGGUACACGAAUUAGUUUGCUGGAGACUGAAUUGAAAUUUGCAUGGAGAGCACUUGAUCUUCUGUCAACGGAAUAUGGAAAAAUGUGGCAGAGAUUGCAGAAAUUGGAAAAUUUAACAAUGGAACAACAGACUGUGGUGGGUAAUCUGAUGGCACUGCACAAACCGUCAAAGGUAUGUGUUGAAGCAGCUGAUGUUACCAAGGCGUCCGAUGCCAAGGAGUUCGAUGUGUUGCUUGAGGAUCUGCAGAAGGAGGCAUUGGCCGGUGAGAGAGAUGCUAAAGUUGAGAUGUUCGGCAGGGAUCCAUUUAAGGAGGGUCUCGGUAUGAUCUAUGAAGACAAUGAAGAAGAUCUCGAUGGUAUCCAUGAGAUAUUUCUUACAAUGUUGGCAUCUGGUGGUGGUAGUGCUCAGGCACCUCAGGCACCAUCCGGCCGGAAGGAACGGAAGAAACGGAAUAAGAGUCAUAAGAAUGAAAUGGAAAUACUGAAUAGAUUGGUGGCUGGUGAUAAAGGUGGUGGUGGUGGAGGGGGAGGGAAGGUUGAUGGUGGUAGGACAGUUGAAGGUAUAAUGGGAGAAUUGAUGAAGCUGGAAGAUGUUGCUAAUUGUGGGCAAGAUGUCAAAGUUGCCCUUGAGGAAUUAAUUGAGCAGGAAAUGAUAUUUUUCGAGAGGGUCAGUAUUGAUGGGAAUUUGCUGUUUUUACUGUUGAAUCCAAUGGGACGUGAUGGUGCAGCACAAGAUGGUGUUGUUGAUCGAUUGAGAAGGAAUAUACAGACAGUUAAGAGGUUACUUGGUGGGCAGUUUUUUGCCCAGGGCACAUCCCUCGGCCAGCCGGGGACGGUGCCGGUAUGCAAUAGGCUGGACAAGACGGAUAUCAAUUCAAAUAUUGAUACAUAUAGUGGUGAUGAGUAUAUCCAAUCCCUCCGGAAAUCACUUGAACGUCACAAUUCAAUGAUGUUUCUUUUGCAUCUACAAAAUCCAAAUUCACGUGAUCAAUUGGAUUUAUUGUUGGAUGAUACAGCUGCUGUUGGUGAUGAGAGUCCACCACCACCAGCACCAACGGCUGAUGACUAUACCAAUCCAUUUGGUUUGACAGUUAUGGAGGCACCACAGCCGCCUGGAUCAUCACCAAAACGUCAACAUAGUGAUUCGGGUGUUAGUAGUUUGUCGGGUAUAUCGACAAGAUCACCAACGAGUCCUGCUCAUAGUACACUGUACGACAGCUACCUCAUUCAGCAUCGAUACGAUGGGGAUGUUAUCAGUGUUAGUGAAGCUGCUAGACCCAUUUGCUCAGCCUUUGAGCAUAAAUCCAUCUUUAGACCACCUCACUAUCCCGAUCUCAUACAACCGACUGAACAGAGGAGUGAGAUCCGUCUGGAAUCCCGUACUGAACCACCACGACGAUGGUCACCACGAUCUACGGUUCCCGAUGCCGAUGAAAAUCACCGAAAUCUCCUUGAUCGUUUGGUUUUCUACCCAGUUGCCGAAGAACCACCAAAAUCUCCACCAAAAUACUGGGAAGAAGCAGCACGACCACAGAAAUACAUCAGUAGACUAUCACAACUCCUUCCCGAACUCAAAAUACGCCGUAUAACUCGACGACAUCGAUCACAGAGCCUACCAUCGGGCGUCGAUGAACCCAAAGUCACCAAAGUCCUCGGCACCAAAAAGAAAAAACGUUCCCUCGUCACUACCAUGUCAAAUAUCAUGCAACGAGCUAAGAUCUACCGUCGUCACAGUUUUUCCCAUCAUCUUGUCCACUCUGACACCGAACCCGAAACACCCGGACUGUCCGAUUGCGAAGAUUCCGGCAGUGAACCAAUCCGGGACUCAGGUGUUGAAUCAAUGCUAGCUCUAGGGACCAACAAAAGCCCCAUACCCGAACCCGAUAAAUUUAUCUUCACCUCAGCCUCAAUGGAAUUUGCAGUUAGUCGUAAAAUUGGUCGUUUGCGUCAGAAAACCGUAUCAGAUGACACAGAACUAGUGGCAUCAGAAGGUGAAACAAUGGCCGAAGUAACAGAAAGUCUAUCAUCGCCUCCACCAAAGCAAGCAAGUCUCGAUGUUCCAACUACAACACGCGAUGACGAUGAUUCACGCAGUCAACAUUCCUGGCGUACCAUGUCAUCACGUCGUCAGAGUACAGAAGAUAGCAUAGAUACUGAUGAUGAAUAUUUUUGCUAUGAACUUCGAAUGCUCGAAGAGAUGGAAAAACGUUCACACAGUGAUGCCCAAGUGGCACCCCAACCACCAGAGGCACCCCUUGAGCCAAAUGAUCUCGUACGGCAACAAAUGAAUGCUGUCCUCAGUGAAUUGAUAGCCACCGUUGAGCCCAAGAGUGCCUAUGAGAAAUUCACCAAGGCAACAGAUACGUGGAAUGUCCCAGAACCCGAUGUGUCCGAGCCGGAAAAUGAACCAGAACCACCAAGUGAUGAUGACUACAGAUCAGGUAGUCCAUCGUCAAUUGACGAAGUACCAGAUGCAAUUAGUGAAUCAUCGGGUGUAACAUCAGGACCAGAUUCAGCAGCAAAGUCUGAUGAUGAUGGUCCAAGGACACCAUCACCAGAUCAAUCAAAUGAACCACCACAGGAGAUUACACAAGAACCAGAACAACAACCAGAACCAGAAGAACCAGAACCACCAGCAACACCAAAAGCCGAUGGGCUGGGUAGUAGUAAAUGGCGACUACUGAAGACGCUCAAGGAAAAAAAGAUUGAGGAGAAGAAUAAUCAGGAAAAGAUGAGAGAGGAAGAAGCAACAAAAGAUAGAGAUAAAAACGGUAGCGGAGCCUGCGAUGGAGUUGGACGUGGUAAUGGACAUCCGGGAGACAAUCCUUUCUACAGCAAUAUCGACAGCAUGCCGGACAUUCGACCACGCCGAAAAUCCAUUCCACUCGUAUCCGAAUUGACCAUGGCCGCCACAAAACGCAAUGCCGGCCUUACUUCUGCUGUUCCAAGGGCAACGCUCAAUGAUGAGGAAUUGAAAAUGCACGUGUACAAAAAAUCACUGCAAGCCCUCAUCUAUCCCAUAUCAUCGACGACACCCCACAAUUUUGUCCUGUGGACAGCUACAUCGCCCACCUAUUGCUACGAAUGCGAAGGUCUACUCUGGGGUAUAGCACGGCAAGGUGUUAGGUGUACUGAAUGUGGCGUUAAGUGCCAUGAAAAGUGCAAGGAUCUCCUCAAUGCUGACUGCCUCCAGCGAGCUGCUGAGAAGAGUUCGAAGCACGGGGCUGAAGAUAAGGCCAACAGCAUCAUAACUGCCAUGAAGGAACGAAUGAAGCAACGGGAAAUUGAAAAGCCAGAAAUAUUCGAACUUAUAAGAGCUGUGUUCAGUGUCGAAGAGAAGAGUCAUGCUGGUCACAUGAAGGCUGUCAAGCAGAGUGUCCUCGAUGGUACUAGCAAGUGGUCAGCUAAAAUUGCCAUAACAGUUAUUUGUGCUCAGGGAUUGAUAGCAAAGGACAAAAGUGGUACCAGUGAUCCCUAUGUCACCGUCCAGGUCAGCAAAGUAAAGAAACGCACACGCACAAUGCCACAGGAGUUGAAUCCAGUUUGGAAUGAGAAAUUUCACUUUGAAUGCCACAAUUCGUCUGAUCGCAUCAAGGUGAGGGUAUGGGAUGAGGAUAAUGAUUUGAAAUCGAAGCUAAGGCAGAAAUUGACACGUGAAUCUGAUGAUUUCCUGGGUCAGACAAUCAUUGAGGUUAGAACACUUAGCGGUGAAAUGGAUGUAUGGUACAAUCUCGAGAAGCGAACGGAUAAAUCUGCUGUCUCGGGUGCCAUAAGACUGCACAUAUCGGUUGAGAUAAAAGGUGAAGAGAAAGUAGCUCCGUAUCAUGUACAGUAUACAUGCCUUCAUGAGAAUCUCUUUCACUAUUUAUGCGAAGAGAAUACAGGAAUGGUUAAAUUGCCAGCUAUAAAGGGUGAUGAUGCAUGGAAGGUGUAUUUUGAUGAGAUACCUGAAGAGAUUGUCGAUGAAUUUGCUAUGCGUUAUGGUAUAGAAAAUAUUUAUCAAGCUAUGACACAUUUUCACUGCCUGUCAACAAAAUAUUUAUGUCCUGGUGUACCAGCUGUUAUGAGUACACUAUUGGCUAAUAUAAAUGCAUAUUAUGCCCAUACAACAGCAUCAUCAGCCGUUUCGGCUAGUGAUAGAUUUGCAGCAAGUAAUUUUGGCAAGGAAAAAUUUGUUAAAUUACUCGAUCAACUACAUAAUUCACUAAGAAUUGAUCUAUCGAUGUAUCGUAAUAAUUUUCCAGCAUCGAGUUAUGAAAAAUUAAUGGAUCUCAAAUCAACUGUUGAUCUCCUAACAAGUAUUACAUUUUUCCGUAUGAAAGUACAAGAAUUGAGUAGUCCACCAAGAGCUAGUACAGUUGUUAAGGAUUGCGUUAAAGCAUGCCUAAGGUCAACAUAUCAAUUUCUAUUUGAAAAUUGCUAUGAAUUGUACAAUCGGGAAUUUCAAGUUGAUCCAAAUGAGGCAAAACGUGAUCCAGAUGAUCAUGGUCCAAAGCUCGAUAGUGUUGAUUUUUGGCAUAAACUCAUAGCACUUAUUGUUAGUGUCAUUGAAGAAGAUCGCAAUAGUUAUGGUACGGUACUCAAUCAAUUUCCCCAAGAAUUGAAUAUUGGUCAACUAUCGGCAGCAACAAUGUGGAGUUUAUUUGCUGUUGAUAUGAAAUAUGCAUUGGAAGAGCAUGAACAGCAUCGUCUAUGCAAAUCAUCAGCCUAUAUGAAUCUCCAUUUUAAAGUAAAGUGGCUCUAUACAAAUUAUGUACGUGAAGUACCACCGUAUAAAGGUGCAGUACCCGAAUAUCCGGCCUGGUUUGAACCAUUUGUAAUGCAAUGGCUCAAUGAAAAUGAUGAUGUAUCACUUGAAUAUCUCCAUGGGGCCUUCAAUAGGGACAAGAAAGAUGGCUUUCAGAAAAGCAGCGAACAUGCUCUGUUCUCCAAUUCCGUUGUCGAUGUCUUUACGCAGUUGACGCAGUGUUUUGAUGUUGUUUCCAAGUUAGAAUGUCCAGAUCCGGAAAUAUGGAAGCGCUACAUGCGACGAUUUGCCAAGACAAUCGUUAAGGUGCUGAUAGCCUAUGCGGACAUUGUCAAAGUGGAAUUCCCUGAGCAUAUGGUAGAUGAGAGAAUAGCCUGUAUCCUCAUGAAUAACAUUCAGCAACUCCGUGUACAAUUGGAGAAGAUGUUUGAGUCAAUGGGUGGUGAUAAAUUGGAAGAGGAUGCUGCAAAUAUCCUUAAGGAUCUCCAGCAGAAUCUCAAUACAGCUCUAGAUGAUUUAGCAUGCCAAUUUGCCAUUAGUUUGGAACCGAGAAUAACGCAAAGUGUUAAGGAACUUGGUGAUUUGCUCCUUUCAAUUCGUGGUGGUGGUACUGUUGCUACACCAGGACAAAAUGCACCACGUAAUACAGUUGCUGUUGAAGCUGAUGAGGUCCUUAGGCCCCUAAUGGACCUUCUGGAUGGAUCACUAACCCUUUAUGCUGAAUCGUGCGAAAAGACCGUUCUCAAGAGACUCCUCAAGGAACUCUGGAAGAUUGUGAUGCGUAUCUUGGAGAAGACUAUUGUACUUCCACCAAUGACAGAUAGAACGAUGAUGUUCAAAAAUCUAACGGACAAUGCAAAGAAUCUUGCGGCAAAUGCAAAAAUUGAAGAUAUGUCCAGGCUCUUUAAGAAUCACAUGGCAGGGAAGCAGGAUGUUAAGAAUGCCUUAAGUGGUGUCAUGGACAUUUCCAAGGAAGUUGAGAAGAAUCUGUCACCGAAACAAUGUGCAGUUCUCGAUGUAGCUCUGGACACCAUCAAACAGUACUUCCAUGCUGGAGGAAAUGGACUGAAGAAGACAUUCCUGGAGAAAUCACCAGAAUUGCAGAGUUUACGCUAUGCACUCAGUUUGUACACUCAGACCACAGAUACGCUCAUUAAGACCUUCAUCACAAGUCAAAUUCACGAGGAUCCUCAAAAUCCCGAAGAGAGCGUCGGUGAAGUGUCUGUUCAGAUAGAUCUUUUUACACAUCCCGGAACUGGCGAGCACAAAGUCACUCUCAAAGUUGUUGCCGCCAAUGAUCUCAAGUGGACCAUACAGUCGGGCAUGUUCCGACCUUUUGUGGAGAUUAACCUCAUCGGACCCCAUCUGCAGGAUAAGAAACGGAAGCACGCCACAAAGUCCAAGUCCAACAAUUGGUCACCCAAGUACAAUGAAUCCUUCCAUUUUGCCAUUGGGAAUGAAGAGCAAUUGGAUUUCUUUGAGUUGCACAUCUGCGUCAAGGAUUACUGCUUUGCCCGUGAAGAUCGUCUCGUUGGUGUUGCUGUGCUUCAGCUGAAGGAUAUCAUUGAACAGGGAUCUUGCGCCUGUUGGUUGACACUGUCGAAGCGCAUCCAAAUGGACGAAACGGGCUGGACAAUUCUGCGGAUUCUGUCGCAGCGCAACAAUGAUGAGGUGGCCAAGGAGUUCGUAAAGCUCAAAUCGGACAUCCGGCAGGAGCCACCUUUGGUUCAGCAGUAAACAACAACAACAACAACAAAGCUUUUAAACCUAGACAAUGCGCUGUGUUACACAUUGUGGGUUGAUCUGAAUAAAAACAAAAAAAAAAAAAAAAACAAAUAUCAAUAUUAAAAUAAUGAAAA